GUGAGCACCACACACCCCUGAGCCUUCCCUGUGUAGUGUUAGAACCUGCUAGGUGCUGCACGUCUUACCUGAGAGCCUGCUUAGUGUAAACACGAUUACCUGUGAGUAAUGUUCAGUAACAAAAGUAAGAUGCUACGUGCACGCUGCUUCCCUUAAUCAUUCUCCUUUCCUUUUCCUCAGGGGACCGUGAAACAGCUCCUACUGUUCUCAGAGGUGGAGGGGAGCCCAUGCUUCCUUGACAUCUGUGGAAAUUUCCUGGUUGUGGGGACAGACUUGGCUCACUUUAAAAGCUUUGAUCUUUCCCGAAGAGAGGCCAAAGAGCACUGUGGUGACCGGAAGCUGGCCGAUCUGAUCCCGGGCGCAGCGGGCAUGGCCUCGCUCAGGUGUAACGCCAGCGGCGGCAAGAUCAGCAUCCUCCUCAGCAAGGCUGACGGCAUCCCCGAUUCCAAAAUCUGCUUCUAUGACGUGGAAAUGGAUACCGUGAGUCUCCUGGACCUCAAGACGGGGCAGGUUGAUCGGAGGGAGACGCUGUCCUUCAACGGGCAAGAGACCAAGAAGAGCCCCGCCUUUGCGGACGAAAGACUGAGGGAUCUCGUUCCCGUGAGCCACUUCUGGGACCAGAGCGAGCCCAGGCUGUUCGUGUGCGAGGCCGUGCGGGAGCCACCGGGGGCCCCGCUGCAGCCCGGGGACAAGAAGCUCCCCGCCGAGGAUGGCCCGGACUCCACGGCUGACGUGCUGGUCCUGUCCUUCUUCGUCACCGAAGAGCAUGGCUUCUUGCUCCAGGACAGCUUCUCCCGGCCUCCCGCCUACCAGACCCUUCUGGGAAUUCAAGUGCCUCACUAUUACUUCACGAGGAAGGUGGGAGCCCUGCGAGC